UUGAUUAACAGGUCGGAAAGGUGGGAACAAGCUCUGAACCAUUAUCAGGAGUUGAUCAGCAAUCGUGAUCAAUGUUGUACCUCACCGCCAAACUCUCCCAUUCGUGGAUCGAAUCACUUUAUGUCAUCCUCCGCUUCUGAUAUACCUUUACGAGAUGGUGACAAUUCCUGCGUCGUAAAUUCAAUGAAUGGAAGUUUGAUGGGAUCAUUUCCAUCGUUGACAAAAGUAUCUACGAAAAAUCGAAGUUUGCAAGGAACAAACCCGCAGUCACGUGGAGAUUCGUCGUUAGAGCUGGAAGCAAUUGCUGCUGUACAUGAGCUUUCAUUUGCAGUACAAACAAUUUCAGUGUCUGAAAUUCUUCCACGUACCCCUGAUUUAAUCUUUGUAAACGUUACUACAGUUGAAGGUCAACCGUACUGCUUGGAGUUGACGUUAAAAGGUUGGCGUAUUACAUCUUUACGUCAUGACUGUAUGCAGGGUGAUUACACACGUAUGGAUCUUUUCACCGUUUACUAUGACACAUUAUAUGAUCUGAUGGAUAAACUUUCCACAGGUUACAGAGAUUACUUUAAUGAAAAAUUAUCUCAGAAGUUACGUCUUCUACAGGUAAGCGUCAACUCUGCUCAAGAUAAAAAUUUCCUGGAUGAAAAUAGUGAUCUCGAAGUACCCGCAUCAAAUGAUGUGGCUGAGGAUUCUACGAGUACUGUGACAACUGAUUCCUCCUUGCCUUAA